AUGCCCGCCCCAUACAACACCAACACAACCACCGACGAGCUUGUCGCCGAUUACACCCCCCUCAUCAAAGACAAGGUCAUCCUAACCACGGGCAUCUCCUCAGAUUCACUAGGCGGAUUCUUCGUUCAAUCUAUCGCCAAGGCGCAACCCGCCUGGUUGAUCCUCGCCGCACGCAACGCAGACAAACUCUCCAAAACAGCAUACGAGAUCACCACCGCCAAUCCUGAAAUCAAAGUACGCACUCUCCAAGUUGACCUCGAGUGCCUGAAGAGCGUAUGUGACGCUGCAACGAAAGUCAACUCGUGGGACGACAUACCCGUUAUCGAUGUCCUUGUUAACAAUGCGGGCAUCAUGGCGGUAAAUUACAAUCUUUCCCCUGAGGGAUUCGAGUCGCAUCUUGCGACGAACCACCUCGGUCCAUUUUUAUUUACGAAUUUGAUUAUGCAAAAGAUUGUGAAGUCAAAGGAGCCCCGCGUUGUGGUUGUUAGUAGUGACGGGCAUCGGUUGAAUCCGUUCCGGUUUGAUGAUUAUAACUUUGACGGUGGGAAGGUGUACAACCGGUGGUACGCCUAUGGCCAAAGCAAGACUGCGAAUAUGCUGUUUGCCAUCUCGCUGGCGCAGAAGCUGGGAAUGAAGUAUAACCUCCAGGCAUACAGUUUGCACCCGGGGGUUAUCUGGACGAACCUAGGUGGGCACCUGGACUGGAGCGUAGAGUUUGCUGAACUUAACAACGCGGACAAGUCUUUGGGCAACCGGGAGGGGUGGAAGGAGUUUGAUGCUAAACCACUGGAGAGAGGCGCCGCGACCCACAUUUACGCUGCGUUUGAUCCCAGUUUGAAGGCCAACAACGGGGCGUACCUGAUCGACUGCCAUGUAGCUGACCCUCUCGUGGAUACAGUCAAGCCGUGGGCUACCAGUCGCUUUGAGGCUGAGAGAUUGUGGAGGCUGAGUGAGAAACUGGUUGGGCAGGAGUUCUCCUAUUAA